GUUUUCGCCUGUUUUCGUUGGUGUGACAAUGCGGCCUGGUGGCAGUCGCGCGACCGUCAGGUGAGACAAGCAGACAGUACCGACCCCUAACAUCAUGAGCUAGGUGGUCACAGCAUGCAGACCGCGAGGGGUCGAUCCGAGGAGCGCAGGCCGCGGUCGAAAUCUCAGUCCCAUCAGCCCAGAAGGGCCGUCUCCCGCGACUCGUCUGUGUCCAGUAGCAGCCGGGAGGUGCGCUGUGGCUGCCAGUUUUAUCAGUCCGACAGUUUACUGCCCGAGAGGGUGACCCUGGUUGGCAGGCCGGCCAGUCGUAACAGUUUCACCAUGGCUUCGUCCUCGCCACAAGUCGGUGACCAUGAAUAUGAGCCAGUAGGGGCCCCACCACCCAAGGUCCAGGAGCCACAUGUCACAGAUGAAAUGGGCCUUGGUAUGGACGAGGAGUUUGAUGCCAUCAAGCCGGCCACCAAGUCUGAGACCAGCAGUACAAGCAGCCGAGAGCGCCGAUUUCUGCGUAUACCACUGGAUGACGAGCUGGUGGUUGUCCCAGGGGAUGGCGAGGAUGAAGAUGAAGCAAUGGAGGGUGAAAAUGGGGAAGCCAAAGGAGCAACAGCAGAAGAAGCAGAGGAGAAGCUGUCUGCCCAGGAAUUUCAGUCCCAACUGGAGGACCGGUAUUUCUCAGCUACACCAACCACCACAGAGUCGCGCACAGACUAUGAUGUAAACACCAGUCAACUGGACUCCUCGGGUCUUGAAGAUAUUCCCCUCAAGCGAGAGGCCAGGAAGAAGAAGCAGCAGGAUGCCACCCCAGAAAAGCAGCCAGAGACACGUGGCUUUCAGCAGAGACUUCGUUCACAGGCUGGGAGGAUUCGAACAAAACUAAGGAGCAUACCUAGGCCUAACAUUAAACUUCCAGAGCGUCCAAAGCUCAACCUGCCUGAACGCCCAAAAAUUCGUUUACCAGAACGUCCAAAAUUUAAUCUGCCUGAACGCCCCAAAUUCCAUCUUCCAGAACGCCCUAAAUUUAAUUUGCCUGAACGACCAAAGUUUUCAAUGCCAGAGCGUCCAAAGUUCAAUCUUCCACAGAUGCCAAGCUUCAGCAUGUCUAAGGAACGCAAGGCCCGAUCUCAUCAUACAAGCAGCACAAGGCGACCACUGCGUGAGCGAUCACAGAUAUCAUCAGCAUCUACAACAUCAUCAACAAAGAAGAACAUUUUUGACUUUGAUUUCAAAUCCUAUCCUCGCAUCUUCGAUCGCAAGUCUCGGCGUGCUGACUAUGCAACUUCAUCUCCAAAACCUUCACGUGGACAGACUCCUCCUCCUCCUCAGACACCAAUUAGAAAAAAAGGAAGCUGGCUACAACGAUUCACAGACUUAAAGCAUGCUCAUGAACCAAAUCCGCCCACUGCAGGUGAGGCACACAGUCGAGUUAGAGAUGAUCUGGAAGGUGAAGAAUUCAGGGAUGACAUUAAUGUGGCAGAAUGUGCUGAAGGUUCUGAAUCUACAACAGCAUUCAGAGACAAGGACUAUGGGUAUGCAGUGACUAUAGAUGACACAGAGCAACCUACAGAAACUGCAGAGCAGAUCCGGGCAAGCUCUAGCAGUGUUCCAGAUUCAGACCGGGAGGCACGAUCUUCAGGCAGCUCAUCUCUGCGUCAUCGGGCAGGUGUCCUUGAGGAAAUAGACUCAGAUGAGUUCUUUCUUCGAGAGAAGGGCCUGAGUCAAGAAGAUGUUGAAGUGGGUCGCUACCUCACCUCUGAGAUCCGUGAAGCAUUCCGUGCCCCUGUCAGUGCACUCUCACAGAUGGACAAUUUCGAAUAUUAUGACGAUGAUGAAGAUGUCGAGAAUUUGGGUCAACAGUAUCGUAGUACUCCCGAAAGGGGACCCAUACGACCGGCACGGACAAGGUCACUUGGAACUCGCAAGAGGUCCAGUAAAAGCAGAGAACCAAGUCCAGCCGAAGAAGAAGCCUCUUCGCAAUUCUUUAACACAUUUCCACCUGCAAGGCCGAAGAGAAGUAGUAGACUUCAUCAACAACGGGCUGAGGGCAUAGAAGAGCAAGAUGUGUCCAAAGAAAUCAAGGAGCAAGUGUAUGAACAAGAAAUGGAAGUUGAAGAGAAAGACAAACAAAUAAUCUCUCCUAGGAAUGAUAUUCUGUCUUUAACUGUCACUGAUGAAGAUGACAAAUUCCUGUGCCAAUCUACAGAGCUUGAGGAAUACCUUGCAUCUCCCUCAGAGGACCACUGGCAGACUGAGGAAAAUGCAUUUGUUGAGGUUCAACCACCAAUGCCACCGAAGAGAAUGCGGCGAAGCAGGAAAGAACCCAUCCCAGAUACUUUGUGUAAUGGGAAUUACACUAAAGAGGACUGGCUGGAGAAUUUAGAAGCAGAUGUUAUACCCAAUGAAGAGGUUAUGGUGAUGCGAAUGGAACCAGACUACAUAAUUCCAGCAGCUCCACCUGAAGACCUUGAGUUACCUCCAGAGCCACCAAGAAGAGGCCGCAGGAAGAGUUCACGUGCCACGUCCCUUGUAGAUGAAGAUCGCACCUCCCGCGGAGCCUCAUCACUGCCCUCAGAACGUGAACACAUUGCUGAUGACCUUCCUCGUGAUCUCAGUCUCCCAGAAAUUCCAGGUUAUGCAGCUGUAGACAAACCCAUCACCAAACCACGACACUCAAAAGCACAGCGUCCAUCUGUUCCUGGUCGCCGCAAGAAAUCUAAUGGACAUCAGCACACACAUCCACAUUUCUACUCACUUCCGCACAGACCGCCACCAAUUCGACCAUUAAGAAACUACAGCACUUUAGGCCCAUCACGUCCACCAAGGAAACACAAAACACUUUUGCCAGAGGAUAUUGAACAGAAGAGUGAAUCCUAUAUUGAGAUAGAAGAUGACAUCCUGGAACCAUUAUCCCAUGGGAGUGCCCGUGACCUUCAGUCUGGUGAUAUUAUAGAAAGGAUGAAAGGGAGGCCACUCCCACCCCCUCCACGACCACCCAGAAAGGGUCGAGAAAGUCGAGAAAGUCGAGAAAUGCCAGAGGAGUCUACUACAGGGGGACAACUACCAAUGUACCAAAAUGAAGAAGAAACAGAAGAUGGAAUUACAGAAUCUGAGGAACCAUUUGAUGUCAGCAAAGUAGAAACUUUGGGUGCUUUGAGUGAUGACAUCUUUUAUGCUCAUCCAGGAGUAACAUCAUAUGAUGAUGAAAAACUGGAAGAAGAUAUUGCAAGAGAAACUAAAAAGUUGUCUAAUUUUGAAUUAGAAAAGGACAAGACAGAACCAUCUCUGAUCCUGCAAGAAGCAAAAAUCAGGGAAACAUCACCAAUUUCACUCGAAAUUUCAGUGGAAGAAGUGUCUGUAGCAAUUCAGACAGAUCCACUGCCAGAUGACAUCUGUGUAGUGAUGGGGGAUGAGGACGUGCCAGUAAGUCACAUGACUGUUGGUACAGAGACAACAGGUCAGUUACCAUUGUCAGGGAAAACAUCAAAGUUUGGGCAGCAAACAACUCCCGAGCACCCUCCUCCACCAACAGUGAUAGAGAAGCCCAUUCCAUAUUAUGUUAUGCCAGAUCCAGACACAGAGAUUGAACUGAAGGCUCAGAAAUUACAGAUAUCAGAGUUAGAAGUAGAAAGACUAAAUGUGGGCGAGUUGCAGGCACAAAAAAUACUGGUGUCUGAUAUUGAUGGUGUGUCAUUGCAGGUUGCUGAACUGACCAGUAAAUCAGGUAAUCUGGUGGUUACUGGACUAGAACUUCCUCCAAGAUUUCUCCAAGAUCUCUAUGACUCUCUUCCAAUUCCACCCUCUCCAUCACAACCUGUUCCAGCACCAGUACAAGUCUCAGCUCCAAGCAUACCUCACCCUCUCAUUAUUCAUCCUCAUUCAGAUCCUCCUGCAACACAACUGCCUGCUCCAACACCACCAUCCGAAUCUCCCUCAGCCCAGAUACCACUGUACCAAGCUCCCACUCUCCCAUCACUCUUGCCCCAAACUCCUUCUACUCUUAUACCUUUUUCCCAGGAUCCCUCAAUUCUCACAUCACAGUCUGAGGCUUCCCCUACCCAGACAGCCCUGCCCCAAGUUCCUCCUGCUAAAACACCAAUGUCCCAAGUUUCCUCUACCUUGACACCCCAGUCCCAAACUCCCUCUGACCUCACCACACCACAGUACCAAGUUCCCUCUGCCCAAAUACUGCCGUCACAAGUUCCCUCUGAAUCUGUAUCACUUUCCCAACUAUCCUCACAAGUUGCAUCUGUCCCUGCAACUCCACAAGUCACCUCUAUCACUACUUCCCCUCCUCAGUCUCAACAAGUCCCCACAAUCCCUUCACAACAAACCAUACCUCUCCAGUCCAUUAUAAAUCCUAACCUUGUUACAAGUUUUAAUGGAUUACAUUCUUACAUACCAGACUACAUCCCCCCUCAAGUGCCAGUAUCACUCCGAAUUCCAUCCCGCACACGGUCUCAUAUCCAACGAGAACUAGAAUCAGAGGAGGAAAUGAUCAGUUUAAUGCACACUCCAUCCAGCAGACGGAGGCGUCAUCAUCCAUCAAAACCUGUUUCCCGUUAUAGUAGUGAUGAGGAAGAAGAAGAAGAGUACAGUUCAUAUCGUCCACCCAGCCGACGUCACCAUUCUAGCUCAAGGGGGGCAGAACCAUCUGUUGGCGAGCUUAGCCGUCAGUUAGUGCAUGCCUGUCAAGGUGUUACAAUGAGGGCCUUGCACCAACUGGUACAAUAUGUGACACCACAGGUGCGAGAAGGGGAGGACAAGAGAAGGGACCUACAGAUAGCACUGUGCAUUCUACUUGUGCUGGUUGCAGGACUCAUUUUGAUGGGUUUUGGAUCAGGAAAGACAUACCACCACCACCACUGGGAUUACCACUUCCCUCCACCCCACCCCUAGCAGUAAUCACAAACAAAACAUGACUAUGGUCCAUCCACUGCAAGAUCUUGUCUAUUUAUGGAAUUAGUUACAAUUCUUAUGCCACUGUCCAAUAAUAUUUUUAAUUAUUCUUUACUGUGAAAGAGGAAAAGAAAACUUUUACACACCUGUUUGCCUUAUUAUUGUGUAAAUAAAUUGCAAUGCGUUGUUUGUUUCA